UUAUUCGUCAUUCGUUUGGUGUCAAGUUAACUGUUUUUUUAUUAUUGAAUAAUAAGCUAUUAGCAAUGGUGCACAACGAAAAAUUCGCGAAUUUGUCGAAUUAAAUGUCACAAUUCAUCGAUUAGUUUAUCAAAGGAGAUUUAAUAUGAGUGCACAAAAAUUGUCCGUUGUGGGGUUUUAUGAAGACAAGAAGAUAUUCAUCACUGGAGGUACAGGUGGUAUUGGCAAACUUCUGCUAGAAAAAUUACUGCGAUGUUGCCCGAAAAUUGGAUGCAUCUAUCUACUGGUUCGGCCCAAGAAGGGAAAAACGUCAGCUCAAAGAUUAUCCGAUCUACUCGAUUCUCCAGUGUUUGAUAAAUUACGCUGCUAUGAUUCUGAGGUGUUCUCGAAAAUCGGGUUGAUCGAAGGAGAUUUAUCUCUGCCUAGCCUUGGCAUCUCCGAUGAAGAUAAAGAAAAGCUGAUUCGUAAUAUUUCUAUCGUCUUCCACUGUGCUGCAAGUGUCCGAUUCGAUAUGACCCUGGAGGAGGCAGUAGAGAGCAAUGUUUUCGGUACUCGUCGGCUUCUGCAGCUCUGCCAGGAAAUGAUCGAAAUUGAAGUAUUGCUUCAUGUGUCGACGCUGUAUUCGACUUGUCAUAAAGUGACCGUGGACGAAUGUAUCCCCGUAAUCCCAACAAUCAACGGAUCCAUGGAUUUCAAUCAGAAUAAGGAUGACUUCUUGAAGACGAUACCUCUUGAAGUGGCGAAGAAGUGGCCUAACACUUAUACUUUCUCCAAAGCACUGACCGAGGUGAUGCUAGAUAAUCUAAAAGGUAGAGUCCCUGUGAGUAUUGUGAGACCUUCGAUCAUCCUCUCCACGUGGAAAGACCCAAUACCAGGAUGGGUCGAUAAUUUCCAUGGUCCAACGCUCACGGUUGUCAACGGUGCCUUAGGAAUAAUUAGAUCUGUUGUUGCUGACGGUAAAAAAAUCGGCGAUGUCAUACCCUCCGACAUGGUUGUCAAUUUAUUAAUAUGUGUGGCUCAUAAAACAAAAUACCAAGACACUGAGGAAAUCAGAGUUUACAACAUCUGCUCGGGAAGGCAAAAUCCAUUGACAGUAAAAUUUUUUCUUAAAGAAAGCCAAAUACUUUCUACGAUGUAUCCAUCGAAGGCGGCUAUUCGAUAUCCAAAUUGGCGAUUCACGCCAUCCGAAUUAACACACAAGCUUCGAUCUGCAGUACAUCAUCAUCUCGUCGCUUACAUUUUUGAUCUUGUGGCCUUUUGUACUUUUAAAAAAUCUCGGCUGUCUCGGAUUCAUAGAUCGGUUUCACGAAUUGCAAAGACCACGAAAUUCUUCAGUCUUCGUGAGUGGAUAGUCUGCGAUCGUAACGUGGAAAUUCUUAAUGAAGAACUUAGUGACAAAGAUCGAGAGGUUUUCGAGUUCGAUGUGAAGAAAAUCAAUUGGAAGGCUUGGCUCAAAGAUUAUAUACUGGGGAUAAGAAAGCAUCUAUUGAAAGAAGAUUUGGAUAAUUUGGACGAAGCGAUAGCAAGGAUGAAGAAGCUUUAUUGGGUGGAGAACAUCGUGCAAUCGUCCAUUCCCAUCGUCGCAUUCUUCAUAAUUUAUUUCAUGAUCAAACGCAGCCGCAGGCGUCAUUAGAUAAACUGCAAAUGAUUGAACGAGAAGUACAUUUCUUUGCAUCACAUAAAGAUUUUUCAAUCAUAUUUUCAAGAACGAGAAAUAGAGCCGUCGAUAAGAUACGAUAUUCCACCGACUUUGAGAUGGGGUCAAAGGCAUUCGACUCGUGUCUGUUUUUUUAUUUACGCCAAUCAGCUCGAAUUGCGGAAAGCGAUGUGGUGAUAAACGGACACAAUUUUCGUUAUAUCUGGAUUUUUUUUAAAGAGGAAGCGAAUGGAUUAAGAUGUUUGCGCAAUUGUAUUGACCGAAAUUUGGAUAAAAAACUAAUGCCUGAAAUAUCACUCGAGCUCCACAAUUAGUCCGGUAUUUACGUCAAGCUUUGUCGCAAUUAAAUGAAGUCGUCAAACUUUCCAGAAAGAUCAUUUUUUGAAUGCCAAACUUGACUUCUCAAUUUCUACAUACAACACCAAUCGGGAAAAACCCAAUAAUUUUAGAGAUUUUGUGGUAUUACAUGUAGUUACUGCACAAAAUUCUUAAGUCAAGUAUAUUUUAUGCUCAAUUCAAGUAUCUAAGUAUACUUAUUUGAAUUUGGGUGAUCUUCAUCAACAUUGAAACAUGCCACAGGCUUCUUUGAAGAUAAAACAAUUUUUUUCCACAUGUCCAGAGCUCUCAGACAUUUCGAAAUUUGAAGUUCGAUACAAAGAACCGAACAAAAACAAAGAAUCAAUCCAAAGAUUGAUGCCUUCGGAAUUCGCUUUACGUUUAGUUGCCCAAAGAUUGAAAAUUGAGCUCCAGACGAAAAUUCUCCUCUUCCAGAAAGAAUAUAUUCUUCCCUUCACUACAUUUUUCGUUCUGCCUUAGAUUCUUAUAUAUUAAAUUAUUCUAUUAUAACUAGAUAUAAUAAAAAUGGAACACUUAAGUUUAAAUUCAAUCCCUGAGAACGAAAUCUAUGAAAUAUUUAGCUACACGCUAUUUUUCAACUGAAAUACGAGGUGAUAGACUGUACUACUUGGCUAUUGCCCUAGUAGAAAUUGAUUAGAGUUCUGCGAUAUUGAGCUCAAGUGCCUAGACCUAUGCCUUAUAAACAUUGAAUAUCGCAUGAGAAACUACGUCGAGACAUUUAUGCAAUGUGUCGAUGUUCAUUGUACAGUGGCAGCAGUUGAUUAUCUAUAGCACUUGAAAUAAAGAGUAAUUGUAAAAAUUUUCAAUAUUUUAUGCUGAUAAAAUAUAUAAAAGUUCAUCCAUUUGAGACUCGCCAGAUAUGCAAUUGCUAAUCU